AUGGAGUUUAGCAAACCGAUCUCUAGAAUUGAAAGGAACAAUUCCCAAGCUGAUCGUAUUUGCCUUGUUAAACUACCGAUACACCCAGCCACUGGCGAACACAUAGAUAGGAGGUGGGUGUCGAUAACUCUCAACGUUGCUCUUCCUAAUGAAUACCCAAAUGUUGUACCCAAAAUUCAUUUGACACGUCCUAGAGGUAUAUCAGAGGAACAUUAUAACAGUUUACAAGCCAGUCUCGACAAUGUUGCUCAAGAAAACAUUGGUCUUCCUAUGCUUUAUAAUCUUUUCGAGCAUGCAAAAGACAGUUUAACAAACAACAACAUGCCAUCUACGCAUUGUACGAUAUGCAUGGACUCCUUUCGAGAAAAUCCAGACUACGAGAACCAGAACAAUCCCAGCAAGGAAAACAUUGAAAAGAAGCAUAGAACCUUUAUAAAAACAACCUGCUAUCAUUAUUUCCACGUUCGAUGUCUUUGGAGAUAUAAAACUUUUUUAGAAGAUGCUCUAGCUGCUGAACGAUUAAAUCAGCCCAGCACUAGUUUUCAUCAUUUUAACGGGAAUUCCCAACCUAAUAAUAGAUGUGAUGAGAUGGCCUGCCCAAUAUGUAGAUACGACAUAUCAACUGAUCUUAAAUCUCUCAACAACUACAAUCUGCAUUGUCGGCAACAAAAACGAAGCAGCAAACGCAAAGAUAAUAAUGAUGUUAAUAUGAGUGGUGAAGAUAAUGAUGACGACGAUGAUAAUUUCGUUUACAAGCCUUCGGAGUAUAUCACGAGACUGCAGAAGAAAAUGAAACUUCUAUAUGAGAAGCAGAAGAAACAAGGAGGCAUCAUAGAUUUGGAAGAAGAGAGAAAUAAGUAUUUGAUACCGGCUAGCCAAUCACAGCCAGACCUCAGCCUCAUGAAUAGUUAUGAGAAUAACAAUAUUGCUAAUGCUGAUAGUAACAAUUUCAAUAUAUGCAGGCAGUUGAAAUCCAUUUGUUGCGUCAUGUCAAAUCCAGUUGGUAUCAAUAAUUCGCCAUCUUCAUUGCAGUUGUUGUGCUGUUUGUUAGCGCUGUCGUUGGUACAGGGUUGUAUGUCCUUUUAA